UCGUCUAGUGGGACUAAAACGGCCACAACUACUUUUCUAACGUAGCCUACGGUCAAGAUCUUAUGUACUAGUAAUGGACGGUCACGAUCCCUCAGUCCUUUUAAAUGCCCCGCUCUGAUGUUGGCUUUGGCGCUCCCAAUAUCAAGAACAAGAAACGUACCAACAAAACUAACACCUCUCACUUCUUUCUCUCCCUUCCUCCAGUCCGAAUCAAGAAAACCCUAACCCUUUCAAGAAUUCAAUUUAGGGCAUCCACGACGAUCGAGCAGAGAUGAAAUCGAGUUCGGAUAAUUUGGGGAAAAAGAUUGCGGAGCCGAAGCCCCCGUUGCGAAAGAAGCGACCGGCUCUUCUCGAUGUUACUAAUCGAAAUAAUGGUCCUCAUUCUCACACUGGUUCGGCGUCAUCUAUUCUUUCAUUCAAGCCUAUGGUGCCAUGCUUGGCCAAAAUUGGCAAAAAGAAUGAAUUUUCUUUCUGCACUCAAAGUACAGACCUCUCACAAUUUAGUUUGCCCACAUCAAGUUCAAAGCGUACAAUUACAGUUCCUUCAAGCAAUGCAUUUAUCCCAGAUGCUUUUACAUCUAGCCCGGGAUCUGCAGCUCUGCCUUCUCCAAGCUUUGGUGGUGCUGAUCCUGGAUACACCAAUGAUUCUUCUUCAACUAGAUCAACUGCUCGUUCAAUUUCUUUGGAUGAAGUCAUAUCUAUCUGGGAUUAUUUUAAAAGGGAAGACAUCGAUCAUAAUAAUAUUGAAGAAUUUGCAGCUGAUAUCUGUUUUGAAGGGAAGACAACAAACAACCUUUUCAUUUCAAAUAAUUUGGAUGAAGCAGAUAAUGUAGAAGUUACAGCUGACAACUUUUUUGAAAUGAAGACAACAAACAAUCAUUUGGCAGAAGCAGGAAAUAUGUGCGACAGGGAUUUAUUCUUUGGUGUUGAUAUGAUUAAUGUAAUCGCGCAUAUUGACAAUUUGAUUGGACCACAGUUAUGUGCAACAACCACUGCUGACAUAUACAAGUACCUGCGUGCGUUUGAGGCUAAUAACAGACCUUCUAUAGACUACAUGGAGAGGAUCCAGAAAGACAUUGAUUUCGGUAUGCGAGCAGUGCUGAUUAAUUGGCUUGUGGAGGUUGCUGAAUCGUACAGACUUUCACCAGAUACACUGUUUCUGACUGUUAAUUACAUAGACCGUUAUCUUUCUGGCAAUGAGAUGAAAAGGGAACAUUUACAAUUGCUUGGUGUUGCAUGCAUGAUGAUUGCAGCUAAGUUUGAUGACAUCUCUCCGCCCCAUGUCAAAGAGUUCAGUUAUAUAACUGACGAAACAUACUCGAAGUGGGAGGUUUUGCAAAUGGAGUCUGCGGUGCUGAAAUGCUUGAAGUUUGAAAUGUCAACCCCAACUCCUGUUUGUUUUUUGAGGCGAUUCGUCUCCGUGGCGCAAUUGACCUAUGAGGCUCCAACAGUGCAGUUGGAAUGCAUGGCCAACUACAUCACAGAGUUAUCACUUGUAGAUUAUCACUGUCUGUGCUAUGCCCCAUCAAUGAUUGCGGCUUCUGCUACUUUUCUUGCUAAAUAUAUAUUAUCACCUUCAAAAGAACCUUGGAAUUCCACGUUGAUGACUUACACAUUUUACUUAGCAUCGGAUUUGUUUGACUGCGUCAAGGCACUACACGGCCUUUUCAACGGUUGCAGUAGUGUUGAUUCUUCUGCAGUUAAGAAGAAGUACAGUCAACAUGAGUACAAAUUUGUAGCAAAGAAGCGUUGCCCUCAGUUGAUACCAUUGGAGUUUUUCUUGGAUGAAAGCAUCUAGAUUUCGUUUUGUUGUUGUAAAGAUUAUAGUACCAUCCAGAUGUAGUGUAGUGUAGUACUAUAGUACCAUAGCUACUCCAAAAUUUUGAACCAAUACUUCCACUGUUCUUUUCCUCCUAUUCCAUUAGCUGUUAAAAGUUUGUAUAUUGUCGUACUCUUCUAUAGAUCCACCUUUAAAUUUUCCCAGAAGCAUUUGCAAUAUUUCUACCAAAUAUGUUUGUUCCUACUUAAAGAAAUUAAAACGACCA